GGAUUUAUCUAUCUCUAAAGUUGUUCCUUCUUCUCUCCUUCGUCUCCCGUCAAGCUGCUUUAGCCAUGGCUAUGGCGGCGUCUAUUAUCCAAUCUUCUCCGCUCUCCUUCAAUAGCAACAACGCAAAGCCACGGAUUCAUAGUUCAGGAUCGCUCGGCGGAAUCAAAAGCCAAAAUAGAGUCUCUCCAUUGAGUGCGGUUGGAUUAAGCUCAGGCCUUGGAAGUAGAAGGAAAUCUCUUUUGAUAUGUCACUCAGCCAUUAACGCGAAAUGCAGUGAAGGACAAACACAGACCGUUACUCGGGAGUCACCGACUAUAACACAGGCUCCUGUACACUCUAAGGAGAAAUCACCAAGCCUAGACGAUGGAGGAGACGGGUUCCCACCGCGAGAUGAUGGAGAUGGUGGUGGAGGAGGAGGGGGUGGAGGCAACUGGUCGGGUGGGUUCUUCUUCUUUGGUUUUCUGGCCUUCUUGGGUCUAUUGAAGGAUAAAGAGGGCGAGGAAGAUUACCGAGGGAGCAGAAGGCGAUAAUAAUAUGGGCCACUCUUGGUUAUCUUAUUACAGCUACAGGACUCAUUUUGUAUCUGUUUCGUUGAGUGGGGGAUGAUAUGCCUUGUAUUCAAGAGAAGAGAGACACGGUUGAUUUCAACAAAGCUUAUAUUGAUAACUUUGAAAUCCUGGCAAAAUAACAAAUUCGAACUAUAAAGAUAUAUACACUGUAUAUAGGCAAAAAUGAAGCAUCUCAUUCAUUCUUGUCGGUGUGGUUCUUUUGAGGAUCUUCAGAAGUUCAAAUCAAACGGAUUUUGGAUAAAUCCAAGCACUAUCAUUAAUUAGAUGAAGAGGAAAUUCAUAAAUAUAACUAUAGAUUGUUUAACCGUG